AUGGCCAGGAACAUGGGGACUGCUGGACAGGCCAAACAGCAGAUGUCUGUUCCACCUGCAUCUCCUUCGUCGCAUCUGAAGUCCCACCAGCGCACCCACACGGGUGAGCGCCCUUUCUCCUGCGACUGGCUCGACUGCGACAAGAAGUUCACGCGCUCCGACGAGCUGGCCCGCCACUACAGGACGCACACGGGCGAGAAGCGCUUCUCCUGCCCCCUCUGCCCCAAGCAGUUCUCCCGGAGCGACCACCUGACCAAGCACGCCCGCCGCCACCCAGCCUAUCAUCCCGACAUGAUCGAGUACCGGGGGCGCCGUCGCAACCCCCGCGUCGACUCGCAACCUGCCAGCCUGGCGGACAGCUCCGGUUCCGUCCCCGGGCAGGUGCCCAGCUUCACCACCUGCUUGUCUGACAGUCAUUGCUGUUAGUCGUCCCCUCAAGGACAAUCCCCCAGGCCGUUGUCCUUGCUUUCUCUCUGCCCAUCUCUCUUUCCCAGAGUGAUUAGACCAAGGCACAGACUGGCUUCUCUGCUCUGAGGGUGGGUCCAGGCAGGCAUGUUGGACCCUGGGGAGGGACUGGGGGCCCGAAAAUUGCAGGAAUUCUUGCAACACGUAUGUGAUCCUAAAAGGGGGGGUUACCUCAAGACAGCCCCCAGAAACUGGUAAAAUGGGAUGAACCCCCGUACUCUCCAGAGUCCUGAAGAAUCUCCCUUCCAUGGGAACCAGAGAUGUGAAACUGGAAUUCUCAGGUGCCUGAAGAGCUCCCAGUCUUAAAGGACUCUGGUGUCUUGCCCACCCACCAGAGCGGACCUUGGAGAGGGUGUCAGGGGUGGCAGCCUUGGAAAUGUCCAGGACUGAGGUGGUGAGAGGCCUUUGGAAACAGAAAUGAUUUCUAUUUCUGUAAACAGCAAUGUUUACUAAUGUAUUUUUAGUAUCUUUUAAACAGGGAUCCCAGGUUUAUAGGAGGUUGAUGUCCUCCACUCCCCAGUUGUCCCAGCUACCUCUGCUAGGAGAGAGGUCAUGUAAGAGUCCAUGUGGAUGUAUGGCUGGGAGAUGCUUCUUGGUGUCUGGGGAGUGGUGCAAGUCUGUUUGCAGGUCCUGUUGCAAGGAUUGGAACCCUACACUCGCGUCGUAGAUUUUCUUCCCAUUUGGAGUCCUACUUGGGGAAGGUAACUUCCUGGCUCACUCACAAUGAAAUUGGUUUUGAAAUUUGGAAACAUUCAUAAAAGCACCAAAAAUCAAAGGGUGGUCCAGGCUAGUUCCCACUUCACCCUAGCGACUGUGGGUGAGAUAGGUCCAAAAAAAAAAGACCUUUCAGAACCAUUGUUAACAUUCAGGGAAAUAGGGGCUUGUCGUCCCAGCUGCCCACUCCCAGGUAACCUCAGGUGUGGUAGAUUCUGUUCAUUUCUUAGUGGCUAACUAGGGGGUUAUUUCCCUUGGUGCAUUUUUGUUUCUGCAACAGGUGAGUUGGUGGUUUGGGGAGGUUAGGAUGGGAGUGGCUUCUUCCAAAGACCUGGCUGCCCUGGAUUUGGGGAAGAGACAGCAAGGUGAAAGUUAUUGUCAAGUAGGAGGACCCUUCUCCCCUGACUUUGGAGUCCCUCCAAGUUGCACCCUCAGGACCCCUCUCCCCCAGUGCAGGACUCAAGCACCACCAGUAUUUAUUUUUUCUGUUCGUGUUUCUGCUGCUAUGGAUGAAAUCGUUGGCCACUCUGCUUAUGUAUGUGUGAAUGUGUAUACAUGUGACGCUUUCAUUAGAGAUGGAGUUGAAAGGCAUUUCCUGCUCUGGUAAGGUCCCCUUUGGCCCCUUCCUGAAUAUCUUGUAGUAGUCCAUCAAUCACACUUGUGGAGGUGCCAUAAUCUCAAAAAACCAUAACAGACAUCUAGUUAAAACUGCUUUUUCCUGUUUUGCAGAUGAAGACACUGAAGGCUAGAUAAGCUGUAAGUCAUAUGCUAAACUGCUGGCAAAAGCCAUGACUAGAACUUAGAUAUCUGGCCUUCUAAGGAACUUUUUCCCUUAUGCUUGGUUACCCCAUCUGGAGCCUUAGUCAAAAGACACCACUCUCCCUUCCUGCCACAAGAAUCCCCUCCUUCCCUAUUCCCUAUCACUUCUUUGUUCCUUCAAAUGUCCAGUCCCCGCUGAACCCUUUGCCUGUUGUGUUUAACCUGAAAGCCCUUUUCUUAGCAGGUUGAGUCCAUUCCCUUCUUCCACACCAUGUGGACUUAAAGUGGGAAUGACUCUAGCACCUUGGGAGAGAUUUUCUCUUUUGACCUGGUAGAUUAAUUUUCAGGGAGAGUUUCUAGUCCUGGGAGCUCCAGCUUCAUUUAGAGAGUGAGUGAUGUGAACAUUGGGACUCUACUAAAUUCUCCUACACUAAGUGAGGGAAGGGCAUUUAGGAAGGACCCAAAGGGUAUAGGCUGUGACCCUGAAGAGGUUCAGAGCUUCCCAAAGAGAACUAAGCAGGAUAGGUGGGCUCCUUGAGUUACAUAUGGGAAGAGAAGGCCCCGGUUUUGGAGGUGGGUUUUGGUGUGGGAAGAGUCCUCCCUUUGCUCUGUUUGUCUCCUUAGCCAGGACUUGAUAGGAAGGGCACUCUGGGGUCCCCUUGAGGACUAGGAUUUCCCCUUUGUUCCCUUCAGUAGAAAAUCUGCCACUGGGGAAGUGGACCAACGAAACUAACAGGAGAGAGACUCCCACUGACCAUUCUGGAAUUGGGCUCAAGAAAGCUUGGC